CUGACAGGUAUCUGAAUGUAACGGAACGCUCUGUUUAUUUACGUUCGCGAGUCAAUCGCACGCAAAUCACAAUAGUCAUUACGCACAAAAAUAAAAAUUCUCAGUGUGAUGCUCUUUAAAAAGUUCUGAAGAUGUUGUGGUAUCUACCAUGGUCUGAAAGUAUUAAAAAAAGAGCCUGCAGGUAUCUGCUACAACGAUAUCUGGGAAAUUUCCUCGAGGAGAAACUGACUUUGGAUCAGCUGAGUGUCGAUUUGUACAAUGGUACUGGGACAGUUUGCGAUGUUAGCCUUGACUGCGAUGCUCUCAACGAGCUGGGAGAUGCACAGAAUUGGCCCUUGGAGAUAGUGGAUGGCUAUAUGAAGGAGAUAACUGUCUCCAUCCCAUGGUCAACAUUGUUCAAAGAUGAUUCCGUUGUCAAAGUCAAUGGGUUGUCGCUUACCGUACAGCCAAAAGUACGAGCUGAACCAGUAUCAUCGAUGCUGGAAUCGAUGUGGUCUUCCAUGUCCUCUUCUAUGCAACUAGCCGCUGAUUGUCUGAAGGAAGAGGAUGGUCCCCAGGAUUCCCACCCCGUCGAAGGCAUUGAGAUGUUUGCUCAUGCCAUUGACUCAAUACUAAGCCGUGUCAAAGUAAAAUUUGAAAACACUAAAAUUCGCAUUGAACAUGUACCCAAAAACGGUGACCGAGGCAUCGCACUUGAGGUCCACAUAAAGAAUAUCGACUACUUCGACGAGGCCGGGACAGAACCCACCCCAGAAGUAACAGAUCCUGACAAGCCGAAAACUUACAUAGUAGCAACUUACACGAACAAAAAGAUCAAAUUCGAUGGAGUCACGCUAUACACAGACGAGUUCCCAUCGAAACUGCGGACUAUGGCGCGCAGUCUUAUCAUGGAGAAGUCCGUAUCCUCACAAGCUGAUAAAACUGACAGUCAAGUCGAAACUCCGGACAUGAACUUCCAAAGCACGAUAUCUGAUGUAUUUUACGAGACUAGAAGUGUCAUAUCCACCAUAGAAACCGACUUAAUCAAAGAGGCUAUCCCUGAUGACAAAAGCCGACCGGAGUCAAGGGAAACGUCCCCUGAUGAAAAGCUCAACCAUCCUGAUCCAAUAUUAUUUGCUAAGUUAACCGGAGAACAGGAACUCUCAUUGAAACUGAAACAUACGUCUGAAGUGGAAGGGCCAAAGGUUGAAGUGAAGAUGAUAUUUGGGUCCUUUAUUGUGUUCAUUACUCCGAGGCAGCUCCAUACAUUGAUAGAGCUCGCUGAUGCCCUCAAUCAGCCGGAUAUUGAGGACACAAGUAACAUACCACUACGUCCUAGCGGUAUGGCCCAGUGCAAGCCGAUGAAGCCAGCCGACUUCCAACUGAUAGAAGCUCAACUACUUGGCACCUUCGAGAGGCAUAAUGCGAAGCCUGCUGGCGGUAUGUCUGGCUGGUCUGGGCCAAGUUACGACGACACAGAGAAUGACAAUGAGGUGUUCCACCCAAUGACCUCGCAAGGCCACAUGACGGAGAGUUUCUCGUCAUCCGUCAGCUCAAUGAGCGCCAGUAUGACUUCUAGCGCCACUUUACCAACAGCUGCACCCAGGAUCAAGAGAAACAAGAAAGUUCCUCAUAUCGACGGUGACCCUACAGCAGAGGUGUCACACAUCAGCUUGAGAAUAGCUUCUGUGGCCUGUGUGUUAUUACAUAAGGAUAUUCUAGUCCCGACAUUGUUAGGUACUGAUGUCAUAUCACCAAGCACGGCUAUCAAGUUGCAAGAAGUAGCAGACGCCUUCUAUGCAAGCUUGGAGCCUUUCUCCAUUGUUGAUGACUUCAGUGCAGCUAACGUAGCUCUUGAUAGGACCACUGGGAAGAGCCAUUUGAGGCUACUAACAUCAGAGAUAUCAGUGGACGGCAGUGAGAAAGUAACGGCAGUGGGUAGUCAGUUGGUCUGUGAAGCUUCCGUCAGACAUAUGCUUGUUAGAGAGUGUCUGUACUUGCCUACUGAGACCGGGGAGGAACCUCAGGGGUACGACCUAAUAAGGUUCCAGAAUAAAGACGAUGAUGACAGCUCUAGUCAAAACGGUAUGUCUCCAACCCACGCGAACGUUCGCAUCACUUUCAAACAGACGUCUAAAUAUGCGCGCAUGGCGGGCGAACAGAAACUCGUCAACCCUGCCACUGAUAUACUUAUAAAAUGUACGCCGUUCUACUUGGACGUGGAACUGACGAUAGUAGAACGUAUGUGGGGGACAUUCUUCGGCGGGACCGCUGCAGCCACUACACCAGCCUCGACGAGCUCCUCCCAGAACCAGACCAGUGUCACUUUGCAAUGCCCUGACCUUCAGGCUGUACUCAGAUUCCCAAUAGCGGACCUCCGUUCCGGUAUAAACCGUGAGUUCCGUCGCGUCCGGCCAGACUACUUACUGUUCAAGUUCCAAAACGCCAGCAUCACCUCGCAACAAGUACCCAGUGCCAGACCUCAACCCACGACAGUCAGCGUACGAUCCACCAUACUGGACCUGUUUUAUCACGAAAAUGACAUAUUCCCGGCUACUCACAUAGCGCGCACUACUAUGGACGACAACGUCACUGAAGGGAACAUCCUCAGUGGACACGUCACAUCUACCGCCAUACCUACGAUAUCAAUAACCUUUAAACCCAAAAUCCCGGCUAAAGGUCCAUUCGACGGUUUCAACGACGAACCGAACUUCGAGCCGGCACACUCGAACCCAAUGACCACAUCGUUUUAUUUAAUGAACAACCUGAAACCCAAACACCCCAGUCCAUUCAGCGGGAAGAAAAUGGCGCACCAGAGCGUUACUAAACACGAAAACGAUCCCCAAGUACAAGAAGAAGAGCUGAUAGUCCCGGGCAACGAGGAAGAAAUGGCAGAAUUUACAAAUAACUCCAUUGACUUGUCGGCUAUACAUCUCGAGUUUAUUCUACCUAUUCUCAGCUUACAGCUUGAAUCAAAGCAGCUAUACGAGAUUAUCUACAACCGCAUAAACUCUGACCUGUUACUAUGGGAGCCACAACCUGCAGAACAGUAUGACAUCAACCCCCUUCUCUACCCUGACCUCAACCCCGCCUUUGGUGCGUUCAAAGGCGUCGGAAAUGAUUCUGACACAGAGAGUACAUCGUCAGAAGAAGAGAACAACUUGUACUACUCGACGUAUGAUAAUAAGCUGCGCAAGGGCAUCGGGAACUGUCGGCCGCACGAGGAGACAGAGACACAUAACUUCUGUCUCACUCUCAAAGUCGGGAAAGGAGUGCUUACUAUGUAUACUCCUGUUAGGGACAGCAACAAGCGCGUGGUCCCCGGACAGAUGGGCGAGUUAGUACUGGAGGCGUAUAACUUAGCCAUGUGCCAAGUGAGCGGUCUCAAUGGAAAGCCCAAGACGGCGCAGCUUUCUCUACGAGCCGACAGCACUACACUGUUCCAUGAUUCAAUGAUCACGAUACCAUCAGAGAAGCCUCCGCUCCGUGAGUACGGUACCUUGCUACCGUCCCACCUAAAGAAGACCAUCUACCCUUCUGGCAAAGGAGUAAUCAUCAAAGACAAACUCCUGAAGAAGGACAUGUUCACUAUGGCACUCAAAGUCGAGCCUGAUGCAGAGGCAUCUAAUGUUAAGUCAAUCAUCAUAGCUCUAGGCAUAGAGCAGGCCACACUACGCUACAGAGGCGAAAAGGGUAUAGCUUGGUUAACACAACUAAUGGACGUCAUCGAUGUGAUCGACUACCCCGUGCCGGGGUACACUCCCUCCACUGUCUUGUCUGAGUUACAUGUACAUGUCAUGGACUGCGCUGUCGAUUACAGACCGAUCUACUUGCCAUUCCGCACAGUGCUGACACUAGGCAACUUCAGUGUGUCAAGUAACUUAAUAGCGGCUACAAACACAUCGUGCCUUCGUUUCCUAGCGCAGGAGUGCACACUAUUCCUAAUGCACUUGAAUGGGACGAAGCCUAAUGCCGCAGUACCACUUGACGAUGACAAGUUACCUGAUAUCGUGAGAGAUUAUGUUUGUGUUAUCGAUCUGGGAGUCUUUGAGUUGUCUCUCCGAAUGGCUGAUAAGUCCAAAUGCCCACCCGACCAACCGCAUGUCGACUUAAGUGCCUCAAACAACAUGGUGACACUACACACAUGCUGGGAUUCUGCGUCAGCACUGUGCCGACUGGUCACCUACGCAGCAAUGGACGGCGACUCCCAACCACCGUUCGAUCGAUCAUCUCGACACACCAGCAUUUGCUCCGACCAACCUUUAGAACAAUUAGUUGGUCUAGAUGACAAACCCGUCGAAGAAAUAAGGGAACUUUCCCCGAGCGAAAUUCAACAGGUCAACGACCUCAUGGCUGAGGCUAUGAAAGAGAGCCCUAACACCACUUUGGAGGAAGAGGAACUCCAAAAUUCAAUGGAGGAGAAAAAUAAAACUACGGAAAUAUUUUACUUCCCCGAUGAAUCCAACAUGAAGCGAAAGCCCGUCUGUUCAGAAACAUGCGACGAGGAAUCUCGCUCCACGGCCUCCGAUGAAUUACCUCCGAAAUAUUUCAGUGAAUCAGACGGAAAACCUACUAAUAUACAAGUUGCUAAUGACUUGGGAGACCCUUCGGCUACUCCUAAGGCCACACCUCGCAGAUCUAGGAGGAAAACGACAAAAUCAAGUAGCGAUGGUGGGAACACGGACGAUGAGUUUUGCUUCGUGGAUCCUCAACCUAUGAACAUGGAUGACGAGAUGGAUGAUCCGGGCGUGAAAUGGGCAAGCCUUAAGGCCAUCGCUCCAGAGACUUAUUUCACUAGGCCGGCGGCCAGGGCUGAUGUCCUAGACCCACCUAAGAGUUGCCCACCACCCAUGUUAAGAUACAAACUAUGCGAGAUGAGCAUAACAUGGAACUUGUACGGAGGUAACGACUUCCGAACUGUGGACCAACCGCUACCAAAGAAGACGGUCACUAUCGAAGGCGACCCUCGACCACAAGGAUCUCCCACAACGUCCAAACGUAACAAAGAAUACGAGCCGUACGAGUCAGGGCGUGCGGCUACGGCGGCGUAUCGUUCAGGCGGCGUGCGCUGGGCGGCCGGCAGUGACCGCGUCCGCGCCGCCCGCGCCGCGCCGCGCCGUGACCUUAGGGAGCGAGGGGGGGUACACAGGGACCAUAAUACUAAAGUCAAACUCUGUCUCAGCAAGGUAAAGUUCAUAUACGAAGUAUAUCCAUCGGGCGGAAUACCCGCGUCUCGUCAGACACUAGCUAUCAGUAAAAUCGAAGUGUUGGACCAAUUAGCAUGCAGUGAUAUUAAUAAGCUGCUCAGUCAAUACAGGCUUAAGGAUGAACCAGAAAGGAAACAUGCUCAUAUGCUAGUAAUAAAAGCCGUGCAUCGUCGGCCGGACCCUGAACUACCAGCUCAAGAAUGCUGCUUGAAGGUGUCUCUCCUCCCUCUAUGGUUCAACCUUGACCAAGAUACUUUAAAUUUCCUCAACGGUUUCGUCAACAAACUCGGCUCUGAUGAGUAUUUAGAGGAAGAUUCAAAAAGCGUGGGAGGGUUAUCGACAGACUCGAGUGGUUCACGUCAAACGACGCCGACGCACCGUCCUCCAGUGAUGAGCAUCGGGAAGGACCUUCGAGACCCUCCGCCCACACCUUCGUCCGCUGGAGACGCUGAUUCUCUCAAUGAGGGUGUGUUACGGAAUGAAGAACCUCUAAUGGAGACUUACGAAGCCGAGCGUCUCGUAUCUGAGAACCUCAUCCAGCUGGAAGAGGACUUCCAAAAAAUGGGCGUACAAGAGAAACCGACCGCCAAAGCAACUGUCGACACUGAGCCUUUUGACGAUUCACCGAUUUACUUCCGGCGCUUUGUGUUCUGCCCCGAGGUGCCAAUUCGGCUAGACUACGUGGGCAAGCGAGUGGACCUGUCCGCCGGACCUAUAGCCGGCUUGCUCAUGGGGCUAGCACAACUCAACUGCUCUGAACUUAUGCUCAAGGAAUUUGACUACAAAUUGGGUUUACUAGGUAUAGAUAAAUUAUUGUUUUGGGCGGCCCAAGAAUGGAUAACGGACAUCAAGCGAAAUCAACUGUCCGGACUACUCGGUGGCAUUGGACCCAUGCAUUCAUUGCUGCAAUUCAUCGCGGGUAUAAAAGACCUGAUCUGGCUGCCGUACGAGCAGUGGCGGCGCGACGGCCGGCUGGUACACGGGCUGCGGCGGGGCGCCGCCUCGUUCACCGCGCGUACUGCCGUCGCCGCGCUUGAUAUUACUACGCGACUGCUACAACUCAUACAGGCCACCGCAGAAACAGCAUUCGACAUGCUGACCCCGGGUCCGACGCUCCAGUUACAAGAAGCGUACGCGCGUCGCGAGCGGCGCCGGCGGCGGAGACACGACCCCGCGCGCCACCCCGCCGACAUUAGGGAGGGGGUCGCUAGUGCCUAUCAGACUGUGAAAGAGGGUUUCGAGGACACAGCAGCUACGAUGGCAGCAGCGGCCCGCUGGUCUAACGGCGUGGGUGUCUUGCGGCACCUGCCGGGCGCGGCCGUGGCGCCGCUGGCGUUGGCGGCCGCCGGCGCCGCCGACCUGCUGGGCGGCGUGCGCGCCUCGCUCGCCCCGCACCACUCGCGGCACCACGCUGACAAGUGGCGCGCUCACCCGCCACACGCGCACCCACAAGAUUCAAUAGACUAAGUAGAUCCCGCAAAUCAACAAUGAUCUCUCUAACAAUUUAUUCUUGUGUAUAAUAUUGUAAGGGCGGAUUGCACUAAACUUGAAAAUUGACUUCUAUUCGUUAGCGCAGUACCUUUACAUUCCUCGAUAAUAAAACAAUUUAGAUUUAGUAUAUUUUUGAUACAACGUCGCUUGUUGAGUCAGCCACACUAUAUAAUAAUUAUAUUUGAUAGUACCUAUAUUUUGUAGUUUCCUUUUAAUGCUUUAAUCGUGUGGUUGACUGCGGAAAUCAAUAUAAAAAUACAUAUCUAAGUCAUACGCUCAAGAUCGCAGUGUCACAGUACAAAGUUUAGUACAACCCGCUCCGUCUCCUGCUCAGCUCACCACGAGGCUCGUCCGUCGACUGCCAUUACGUUCACAUUUAGUUCAUCGAAAUAAUUAUGCUAUUAUUACUUUUAGUGUAGCUCUAGAUGUAAGGUUCUUGGCGUUGAUCAGUAGGAAGGCGGCUAGAAACAUGUACUUGCCUCUAUUGGUAUAAACCCAUGGACACACGAUAUUUUUAUAUACUUAAUAGGCGAUUUCAAAACGUGUGCUCAUCGAAAAGCGAUUGUAAAAAGGGCGCGUAGUGAUUCUAAAAUGUGAUGUAUUUUUAUACGAAGUUAUAAAUUUCUUAAGCGAGGUACAAAACUAUUCUUUCUCGUUUCUGAUAUUAAAUUUAAAUUAUUUUAUAUAUUGGACAGUUCAUAUAAUAAUAAUAGUGCUGACUCUGUAACUCAUUAUGGUAGAUUAGUUUUAGUUUUUAUUUGUGUAUUUCAUUUUGUUAAUGUUUACAAGUACAUGAAUUUUCGUUCCUCAUUGAAAAUCUGUACUAUAAACGAAUUUUAACAUUGUAAUUAAUAGCAGAACAUUGUCUAUAGAUACCCUAUAUUCCUAUAUUUCGGACAAAGGGAUCAUAGUUGUACUGGAUAUAUCAUUUUUUACAAGUACUACGUCAUUUACACCUAAAGCUAAAUUACAAAAUGUAAAAAAUGUUAGCUCCAUUUCAACUAUAUACGUAAGCAUGAUUAUCCAACACCUACAUAUGAAGAGUUGAAGACUGUGGUGCUCCCGUUGAACAGUCUAGCAUUUGAGAGCAUUUAGUGGCUCCUUUAGAUUUUUAUAUAAAUAAUCGUUGUACGGAAGUUUGGGUGCCAUGACAGAUAAUGUGAAUUUAUAACAUUAGAUAUUAUAAUAUUACACCGAACUCCUAUUUGGAAUGUUUGUAAAUAGGUUUAUUAUAUAUUACGAUAAUGACAUUCGGGUUUUACAAUUAUUUUUUAUUAAAUUCAAUUCAAUAGUGUAGCAGAAGUGUGGAGAAUUUAUUUGAAACAAAUCGCCUAACGCAACGACUUUACUGAGUAAAUAUCAUCAACCGGCCGCGCGGAAAGCCUGAGGUAGAACAUAUGACGGUGGAAGGUUUAUGCUAUUAUUUACUCAAGUAGAAAGCUUGUUUGAUUUAUAUGCGUGAUUCCUUGAUAUCUAAUAGAGUAGUAAGACUCCAUAUUGUUUUUAUUCAAACAAAGAAAAUAAUCCUUUUGAUAAUAAAUCAAUAAUAAAUAAUUAAAUGAUUGCAACAUUUCUUUUAUUUAUACACUAACAAACUAUUACAUAACACUUGUAGUAUCUACAUCUAAGCUUCUUGUUCCACCUUUUCAGGGUAUUUAUCAGUGAGGAAGCUCUUCACUUCUCCAUACUCUGUCUUGAGGUUCAGGCGGAUUUUCUCAUGAUUUCUGAACUUCUCGUAUUUCUUAAGAUAAAUCUUGUAAUGAGGCAUAGUCUCAUAGAAGCGAGGGAACUUUCUCUUCUUCAGAAUUACUCUGUCGUUCAUGACAUACUGUGUGAAGUCUAGAGUCUCAUUUUUCUGGAUCUGAUCCUUUGUCCUCACCUCUGAGGGACUGGCUACUACUUUAGGGAAGUUCUCAUUCUCAUCUCUAUAUUCAACUAAAUGCAAUUUCUUCUCCUCAGCUAACUGCUGAUGAGUUCUCUAGAAAACAUACCAUAAAAAAUGUGAUUAGAAAAUACAUAGUACAUAAGUACAUAGUACAAAGUACAGUCUAUUGUCAUUCGAUUUUCUACCUGUUGCAAAAGGCCAAUGAAGAAUGCCUUAACAAUGUGCUGCAGAUUGUUAGAUCCCUCAACUUUGGCUCUCAAAUCCUUAAUACCAAUAGCUUGACAGAUUUCCUUGAUGGCUCUGUGGCACAUCAAGCCAUAACCUUCAUUCUUUUUCUGCACAAAUAUCUUAGUUUUACCAAAAGCUGUGAAGAAGUCAUGAUAAACUGAAAAGAAAAAAUAUUAUAUGCAAUAAGUACCAAUUUUUUGAUGCCAAGCAAUAAUUAUUUUAUAGGAAAUUCCUUACUUGUAUGACCAUUGUAGAUUUCAAAGUGCAUCAGCUUUUGGCCUGCUCUGUUCUUAGCCUUUCUUAGAGCAGCUGGUGCUUCUUUGGCUCUCCCUAGUCCAAACCCAGCUAAGCCUUGUCCAUUUCCAGUUACAACCUAAACAAAAAGAAAAUAUCAUAGACAAAAAAAUCUAAAUAAAAUAGGUUUUAAUGUGAUAUCCUCACCAUAGCUUGAAAGUUUCUGGUACGUCCAAGACUUCCUUUCAUGAUCAGUAGAGAUCUGAGCUGCAAAACUUUGGUGUCAAAACCAGUGAAUUCAUCUACAAAAUAACAUUAUAUAUUAUAUUAUUGGGCCAAUAAUUGAAAAACCUUAUAUUUUUUUAAAUCUUAUAAUAAAUAAGUACCUUCUCCAAUUGGAUCCGGGGGUCCCAGACUGCGGCCAGGCAACUUUGAACCUGACCAACCUCUCUCUAUGGGGUUAAGUCUCAGUCUUCUGAACUUUGUCAUAGAAUCUCUGAUCUUAGUUAGCUUUUCAAGUC